UUAGGAAUACACAAAAUACAACUGAUUGAUAUUUAUGAUAUUCUUUUUUCUUACAGUGCUGAUGGUGUAUAUGAAGUAUCAUUUUACUGCAAUGCCGUUGUCUCCAACACUGGUGAUAUAUUCUGGCUCCCCCCUGCCAUCUACAAGAGCGCCUGUGCUAUAGAAGUCCGUAACUUCCCUUUCGAUCAACAGAACUGCACGCUUAAAUUCCGUUCUUGGACCUAUGACCGCACAGAACUCGAUCUUGUCUUGACGUCUGAUUUUGCCAGUCGAGAUGACUACACACCCAGCGGCGAAUGGGAUAUUGUGUCGCUCCCUGGCAGAAAAAACGAAGACCCCAAUGACCUCACAUAUCUGGAUAUCACAUACGACUUUGUGAUUAGACGCAAACCUCUCUUCUACACGAUUAACCUCAUCAUUCCAUGCGUCCUCAUCACUUCUCUUGCAAUUCUGGUUUUCUACCUCCCUUCAGACUGUGGAGAGAAGAUGACUCUUUGUAUAUCGGUUCUUCUGGCUCUUACUGUGUUUCUGCUCCUGAUAUCCAAGAUCGUUCCACCAACAUCAUUGGCUGUUCCAUUAAUAGGGAAGUAUCUGAUGUUUACGAUGGUGCUGGUCACAUUUUCUAUUGUGACGAGUGUGUGUGUGCUCAACGUGCACCACCGUUCUCCAUCGACACACCACAUGCCCGAGUGGGUCAAGCGUGUGUUCCUUCAUAAUCUUCCUGCUUUCCUUCUGAUGCGACGGCCUGGAAGGUCUAAUGUACGGGAAAGGUUUCGACAGAAACAUCAACGGAAAUCAUUCUCAUCUGAUGCGAAGAGCAUAAGGUUGGAUGGAGACUCAUUCUUCUUAAGUGAUGACCCUGGGCGUGUGUGCGGGGCCUGGAGGGUCGGCGACCUUCCUGAGGGGUCGGAGUUCAGGCAGAGAGUGAAAGUCAGGCACGACCAAGAUGUGGAUGAGGCCAUAGAGGGUGUGAGGUUCAUU